AUGAAGAUCACAGGCUCCAAGCAGAGGGAGGGUCAGGCAGAUGGGAAUCUGGACAGAGCCAACGAAGUGCAUACAUUCUCCAAUUGGUUUAGUUUAGGAUCAAGCUUGGCAUCCUUCUCUCCUGACCACAGUUUAAGCAACAUCUCACCUUCUGUUGACCAAAAACUGUUGAAGGUCUAUGUAGAGCAGCUCUGUUGGAUUCGGUACUACAUCUUCAACCAUAGCUUGACCCAGGAGACAGUUCCAGUGAUGUGGAAGACCUUCUGCCUUUUUCCAUAUGCUGUGGCCACUUUGGGAAUCUUGCGGAGAAAUGGCGCCACCAGUGGUUUGUGGAUCCAUGGAGCCGCCAGCUGGUUCACUGUGAGCUCACAGGUUGCCGCUCCCCUCUCUGACGUCAUCAAAGAAGAGCCGCCGCAAGCAGAUGGUACAUCCCAGUCUAUCCUGCUCUCUUCUUGUUCCCCUCCCUCCUGCUCUCAGUGUCCUCCAUCUCUCUGCUGUCGCUCAUUUUCCUAUACUAAGGACAUCUUCACUUCCAAAGCUGUUCCUUCUCCUCCGUCCAAUUAUUCAGAUAAUUUCUACCCAACUGUUUGUAAGCAACACCUUCUAAAGACUAUUUCUGACCAGACCACACCUGUGUUCCUGAAUACAUGGAGGCCAAAGCCAAGGCUGGGGCUUCAGCGCCCAAGGCCACAUCCAAAGCAGAGAAGAAGGAGCCAGCACCACCGCGCAAGGCGGACCCGGCCCCUGCGGCCCCUGAGCCCGAGAAUCAACCUCCAUCCCAGGAUGGGGCAGCAGAUGCUGAGUCAGCAGCAGCAGCAGCAGCAGGUGACAAGGCCUCUGGUAGAGACUCUCUGGAACACCUGAAACCCUUUCUUAUUGGUGGUGCCGUUAUCGCUGCCGGAGCUAUUUUGCUGGGAGCACUGCUGCUGGCAAGGAGAAAUUAAAACCAAUCUAAAAUAAGAAUAUUGUUGACUGGUUCACAGACUUUUUUUGGUUUGAUCAGCAAUGGGGAGACACAGCAGUCUGUGCUUUUUUUUAUCUUUUGUUGUCCUGUUCAGAUUUUUCUUUUGGCCUGCUUUAAUGUGUAAUGCAUCAACCUAUGUAAUGUUUGAUCAAGGCUUUAUAUGGAACAUAAUUAUAAUAGAUGUACGCAUGAAGUUGCUACAAUACUGCAUAUCAAAUGUAUUUAGAACAUUAAAAAAUGCACAGCAUAGCAUAACCUCCAGAAUCAUCUAAAUGUAAUUUAAUCUAAUACUUUUUGCAGCUUGUACAAAAAAUGGGCAUAGAGUUUCAUUGUUUAUUAAUUCUUAGUUUAUUUUGCUUAAAAGUCCUGAAAAAAUGUAUUCUCUGUAUCAAUUAUGUCCCAGGACCCUGAGUUUUAAGUUUUUAUUUCCUUAUUGGAGUAAAUGAGUUAGUGGAAGGAGGAUAAAGCUUUUUAAUGUGAGUGAGCUGCAUAUUUUGGCCAAGGAAACGCCUUAGUGUUUCAGAAUAAAGAAGAAUAGGCAUGGGUCUGUGAUCUAACGAAGAGUGACCUUUGAUGAGCGAUUAUGGGUUUGGAAACAGAAGACUACUGCAUAAAGACUUAAAACAAGCAAAAUGCAUUUAACAGCAGUAUGUGGGAGGCAAAAUAAUACGAGAUAAAGACAUUAUUCGGUUUUAAUUAAAAUCAAACCCAUAUAUUUUGGCUAAUUCACUUUUGGAAUUCAUGAUCUUAAUGGGCUGGGAUUUUUUUUAAUUCCAAGCUAGCAAACAUUAGAACAUACCAGCAUGACACGGAUGAAAAAAGGAAAUACAAAGGGUUUUGGAUCUUGUCAAAUAAUCUAAAAAAAUCUAUAACCUUUCACAUGUGUCAACACAAACAGUUCUGAUAUUUACCUCUGUUUACAUCGAACUUCUGACACUAUAUUACAUAAGGGUUACAAUGGGCCAAAAGGCUACUGUCAAAAUAUCAGAGUUGUUUUUAUUUUUCCUCUGCUCUUCUCACGUUCUCGGAUGCACAAACAACAUUAAUGAUAUAAAAACAUUAUAUAUUUACAGGAGCAUGAAAGCAAUGUGUAUAUUUGCUGUCAUUCAUUUAAAAGGGGGGAGGAAAAAAACGUACAUUUUUUACUGCUUAAACUCAUAUGUACAGCUGUUCACAGAAAUUUCUGCUUGCAUCGUAUAACUCAUCUAGUUGACUCUGACCUGUAGGUAGAAGGUUAGUUCUUACACACACACUUUUAGUGUUUAGUUAAAACAAAUAUUAAACUGUUUAGACCAAAAAGUUAUCUAUACACAUUCAACACUCGCCACAACUUCCCUACUACGAUCAAAAAAAUAGUGUGCCGAAAAAAAACCAAAAAAAACAAAAAACAAAUGACACUUUACAUUGUAUAAUACAGUGUAUUUAAAAAAAAAACUAGAAAAGAAUAUUCCUAUUUUCAUAAUUUCAAAAGCGUAUAAAUGCAAUAAUUCAGGUAGGAGUCCUCAUUUAGCAUAUGUGCUGUAGCAUAUAAAAUUACAUAGAUGAUGUAAUAAUGUAUGAUGUUACUGAUGGCUAUAAUAGUGAUGAUAUUUAUCAAGGUGACUGUGAUGAUGAUAAUGAUGGAUAUGAUCUAUAUAUUUUUUAUAUUUUUAGACAUAUCUUCCUUAUGCACACUCCCCUCUGCUUUUAACCAUCGAAGUGUAAAAGAAAAGACUUCUAAAACCAACAUUAUUAAAGACAGUGAACCAGA